GAUGGGAAAGCCUGCUCUGCCCCGGGUUGAGGGGUACGGGCCUGAGGGUGACAGAAUCGACAGCCCCAAGUGAGUAAAGGGUGGCCAAACAGGAGCGGCCUCCGACGUCACUGUGGCGCGCCGCUUCCGGUCUGCAGCCUUGUAGUGGGGCUGGAGCAGAGCCUGCUGCGAACCCCUGGAGCCCACGGUCAGUAUACCGUGCCAUCCCUCGAAUCCGAAUCCGCCAGCACGAGCCUCCCACCCGCGCCUGGGACCAUGGCCACUGACUCAUGGGCCCUGGCGGUGGACGAGCAGGAAGCGGCAGCCGAGUCGUUGAGCAACUUGCAUCUUAAGGAAGAGAAAAUCAAACCAGAUGCCAAUGGUGCUGUUGUCAAGACCAAUACCAAUGCAGAGAAGACAGAUGAAGAAGAGAAAGAGGACAGAGCUGCCCAGUCCUUACUCAACAAGCUGAUCAGAAGCAACCUUGUUGAUAACACAAACCAAGUAGAAGUCCUGCAGCGGGAUCCAAACUCCCCUCUGUACUCGGUGAAGUCUUUUGAAGAGCUUCGGCUGAAACCACAGCUUCUCCAAGGAGUCUAUGCCAUGGGUUUCAAUCGUCCAUCCAAGAUACAAGAGAACGCAUUGCCACUGAUGCUUGCUGAGCCCCCACAGAACUUAAUUGCCCAAUCUCAGUCUGGUACUGGUAAAACAGCUGCCUUCGUGCUGGCCAUGCUUAGCCAAGUAGAACCUGCAAACAAAUACCCCCAGUGUCUAUGCCUCUCCCCAACAUAUGAGCUCGCCCUCCAAACAGGAAAAGUGAUUGAACAAAUGGGCAAAUUUUACCCUGAACUGAAGCUAGCUUAUGCUGUUCGAGGCAAUAAAUUGGAAAGAGGCCAGAAGAUCAGCGAGCAGAUUGUCAUUGGCACCCCUGGGACCGUGCUGGACUGGUGCUCCAAGCUCAAGUUCAUUGAUCCCAAGAAAAUCAAGGUGUUUGUUCUGGAUGAAGCUGACGUCAUGAUAGCCACUCAGGGCCACCAGGAUCAGAGCAUCCGCAUCCAGAGGAUGCUGCCCAGGAACUGCCAGAUGCUGCUUUUCUCUGCCACCUUUGAGGACUCUGUGUGGAAGUUUGCCCAGAAAGUGGUCCCAGACCCAAACAUUAUCAAACUGAAGCGGGAGGAAGAGACCCUGGACACCAUCAAGCAGUACUAUGUCCUGUGCAGCAGCAGAGACGAGAAGUUCCAGGCCUUGUGUAACCUCUAUGGGGCCAUCACCAUUGCUCAAGCCAUGAUCUUCUGCCAUACUCGCAAAACAGCUAGUUGGCUGGCAGCAGAGCUCUCAAAAGAAGGCCACCAGGUGGCUCUGCUGAGUGGGGAGAUGAUGGUGGAGCAGAGGGCUGCGGUGAUUGAGCGCUUCCGAGAGGGCAAAGAGAAGGUUCUGGUGACCACCAACGUGUGUGCCCGCGGCAUCGAUGUUGAACAAGUGUCUGUCGUCAUCAACUUUGAUCUUCCCGUGGACAAGGACGGGAACCCUGACAACGAGACCUACCUGCACCGAAUCGGGCGCACAGGCCGCUUUGGCAAGAGGGGCCUGGCAGUGAACAUGGUGGACAGCAAGCACAGCAUGAACAUCCUGAACAGAAUCCAGGAGCAUUUUAAUAAGAAGAUAGAAAGAUUGGACACGGAUGAUUUGGAUGAGAUUGAGAAAAUAGCCAACUGAGAAGCUCCACCAGCCACCGGUGCCAGCCCUGGCACUGUCCCUGCACGGGAGACAAGUGCGUUCAGGGCACAGCCCCCGACAUCACCCCAAGGACAACGGCAUGAGUAGAGAGAAACUACCUACCUCACUUCAAAUUAUGUUUGGAUUUGACAAAAAUGUGUACAAAUGAUGGGGGAUGGUAGAAAAAAAUUAUUUAUACAACCUUGGAAGAUUAGGCAUGAAUACACAGAGAUUUACCUUUUGGAAGUUUCAUCUUUUAAUUUGGCCAGCGUUUCCUUCAUGCUAAUCUAGAUGCUGUGGCUGAUUGCUUGCCUAGGAUCUCCUGUGGCAGCCUCUGCUUGUUCUCUGGCUUGGAGUGGGUGGGCCAGCCUCCAGCUCCUGUGGAAGUAAUGGAAUAGCAGUGAAAAGGGAACACAGAGAGGGAGGCCUCCAGUAAGAAAGGUGUGUAAGCCCAGCCAUCAUGUUUGGAAUGGCAUGAAGCAGCAGAGGAGGCCUGAGAGCUGCUGCUUUGGACUUGGGGGUGGGACAGCUCACCUGAUUAUUGCCAGCCCCCUGUCCUAAUGCCCACAGCAGAAGGGGAUUUGUUAAAUAAGCAAGGACCAAAAUGCCAGCCUCUCGGACCUGUGUAUAUGGGUUUGUGUCACAGGACUGUGACCUGUUCUCCGUGGGUGCAGUCUGUGUAGAGUGCACAUCUGAUUAUUGGUGGGUCCUGUGCCUGUGCUUAAGCAAGUCCUGUAGAAAAGUCAUCGUGGAGAAUUAGUGGUGGCCCUAGCUUGCCACAAAACCUGGUCUCAUGAGCAUCUGCAACAUCCUUUUUACAUCCUUUAUAUCACCUUACCCCAUAGUAGCCCCAAGCAAAUGUGAUCUGAGGUUUAGAUCCUCAGUGAAAACUGUGGUUUCAAGUCUCUCAUGGCCAGCCUCAAGGCAGUUCUAGACGUGGUCAGCAGUAAUCACAAAUUCUUGUUUUGUUUCCAUACCCAGAAGGCAAGUUUUGCUGGGGAGUAAUUUCAGGUAUUUGACAUACUGAUUAUAAAGGGCUUCUGAAUGUCUGUGUUUACUGCCUUUGGAAUACAAACAGGUGCAACUGAGGGACUAGCUGCACUACUGCCAUUUGUCUGUCCAAGGCAAGAGUAUCACCAAGGCCUUUGCUCCAGCCUUACUUGGCAUCUUUGUGCAAGAUAGAGCAAACAACAGUAAUGGACACUUCUCAUACUUGGCCAAGGCUGUUGUACCUCAGCCAGGUACAUGUUGUGUGUUGGUACCCACAAAAUGACGGCAAAGAUGAGAGGAACCUGAAUUGCCAGAGCAAUAUGAAACCCGAGCCAAGAGGAGUACUCUGCAGUUCUUUGGCUUUGGUACAGAGUGGCCACUUUCUCUAGGACCUGGAAGAAGAGUUUUAUGUGCUAAGAACGAUUGUGAUUCUAGGUCUUCCUUGUAGGCAUCUCUGUGUUUAGGCCAUAUCUGUCUCCUGGGAAGGGAAGGAGCCAAUGUCAGCCUCCAGGUGAUUUAUUUAGUCUGACAUUACAAAGAGACCAAUAGACUGCCAAUUCUACCACAUUCCCCUGGCGGGUACUUGACUAUGUAGUCUUCUCUAUGGUUCUGGUCACCUCUGACACAUCUUGGAAUUCUUGUAAGAAAAGAAAUUUUUAUA